AUCAAGCUCGAAGAGCACGGCUACGGUUUGAGCGACGCCACUAUGGCAAUCGAGCUUGAUCCGAAGUAUGCCAAGGCAUACUACCGACGAGCUACAUGUUAUCUCCAGACAUUGCAAUAUAAGCAAGCAAUCGCUGACUUCCGCCGCCUGCUGGCACUUGAGCCACAAAAUCAGCUUGUGCGCACGCAGCUCGACAGCACUCAGAAGAUCCUGCGCAAAGCCGAGUUCGAGAAGGCUAUUGAGGUGGAAGAUGAAUCCAGCGCUGCUGUUAGAUGUUACCAAAUUAUAGCCGAAGGUAAUUUUGAAGCUUUGUCUCUGCCCGAAUUGUCCUCACAGCGUCGUAGGGGGUUGUGA